AUGCGGCACCCACUGUCCUCACAGUUUACAGGAUCUAAGAUUUUGUUUUACUUUCUGUUCUGGGGUGUACAUAUUGGUAUCUUCGCCGCAGGAUGGUACAUACAAGCUUCAAACCACAAAUUGGACGCCCUCAAUGCACUGAAGUGGUCUGUGUGGUUCUCCAGAGCUGCAGGUCUGGUCUUGACCGUUGAUGGGACUCUUAUCGUGCUACCUAUGUGCCGGAACCUCAUUACUCUCGCCAGACCGCGAAUUCGAUGGCUGCCUCUCGACGAAUCAAUAUGGUUUCAUCGCCAGGUAGCGUAUGCGCUGCUCAUCUUCACUAUCAUACACGUUGCUUCGCAUUACGUCAAUUUCUACAACAUUGAGAAAGACAAAAUCCGCCCCGUAACUGCUAUCCAGCUUCAUUAUACCCAGGCAGGUGGAAUCAGCGGCCAUGUCAUGCUCCUGUGCAUGAUGCUUAUGUAUACAACCUCCCACCAUCGCAUCCGACAGCAGUCCUUCGAGACUUUCUGGUACACGCACCACCUGUUCGUUCCUUUUCUGCUGGCCCUCUACACGCAUGCGACUGGUUGCUUCGUCCGAGACACUCCAGAACCAAUUUCCCCAUUUGCGGGGAAGAGGUUUUGGAACCAUUGCCUUGGUUACGAAGGUUGGAGAUGGGAACUGGUAGGGGGCGGUCUCUACCUCCUGGAGAGGCUCUACCGCGAGAUUCGGUCCAGACGGGCCACCGUCAUCACAAAGGUGAUCCGUCAUCCAUAUGAUGCGAUGGAAAUUCAGUUUCGCAAGGACAGCAUGAAGUACAAAGCUGGACAAUGGCUCUUCAUCCAGGUUCCCGAGGUUUCCAACACUCAGUGGCACCCCUUUACCAUCACAUCCUGUCCCUUUGAUCCGUAUAUCAGUAUCCACGUCCGCCAAGUGGGCGACUUCACUCGAGCGCUCGGUGACGCUCUCGGAUGCGGCCCCGCACAGGCCAGAGAUAUGGAAGGCUUAGACCCGCUGGGGAUGUACGAAGUCGCCCUCCAGAACGGCCAGAAAAUGCCCAAGCUCCUCAUCGACGGACCCUACGGCGCCCCCGCCGAGGACGUCUUCGAGAACGAAAUUGCCGUCCUCAUCGGCACCGGCAUCGGCGUCACACCCUGGGCCUCCAUCCUCAAGAACAUCUGGCAUCUCCGCUCAGGCCCGAAUCCGCCCCGCCGUCUCCGCCGGGUCGAGUUCAUCUGGGUCUGCAAGGACACCUCCUCCUUCGAAUGGUUCCAGGCGCUCCUGUCCUCACUCGAGUCCCAGUCCGCCAGCGCCGCUGCCAGCCAGGGCAGCGCCGAGUUCCUGCGCAUCCACACCUACCUCACGCAGCGGCUCGACGAGGACACUGCCGCCAACAUCUACCUCAACUCCGUCGGCCAGGAGCUCGACCCGCUCACUGAGCUCCGGAGUCGCACGAACUUUGGCCGGCCCGACUUUAACCGGCUCUUUACGGCGAUGCGAGACGGGCUGCAUAACCAGACGUAUAUGCCUGGCUUCCAUGCGGCCAUGACGACGGAGAUCGGAGUGUACUUUUGCGGCCCGAAUGCGGCAGCCCGGCAGAUCCGUGAAGCAGCCAAGACGGCGUCCACCAGGGACGUCAGGUUCAAGUUCUGGAAGGAACAUUUCUAG